AAAUCUCUUCGACGUUUUGGAGCUGUUCUCUGGUAGUUUUCUGGCAAAUCUAUCAAAGAAAGGCUCCAAAAUGUCGAAGAGCUCUUUUCGGAAUUUCAUGUUGUUUUCUUCGCCGUUUUGGAGUUGUUCUCCAGCAGUUCUCUUUGAACGUUUUGAAGCUGUUCACUGGUAG